AAUUCUUCAAAGCUCUCUCUCUCAGGCUCAUCAUUAUAAAUACUGCCUCCUCAGUCAAAGCUCAUGAGAUCGAAAACAAAAAACUGACCCAAUUUCCUUGUUUACACCUCGAAACCUCUCAAUCACCCUCGAACCCCAGAAACUUAAACCAGAAGAAGAUGAUGACUACAAACUCAAAUUUAUGGUGGUUGUACAAUUGGGAAAAGCAGAUGGUCUUUAUUACUUUUGUACAUCUACUUCUGUUGCCGGCAGUGUUAUCCUACAGUACUACUGAAGUUCAACCGCCGGAAAGUAAGCGAGGAUCAGAUAAUGGCAUUAUCUUUUUAAUCGAGAUCGGCAUAUUAGGGAUGAUCUUUAUGGGGUUGAUAAUCUGCACCAUCUACAACUCCCUAAAACGAGGAAUCGGAAAGAAAGAACUUGAUAAGCACUUCCCGACAAUUAAUUAUUCGGAUGUGAGAAUAAUUAUUGGCAUUAAUGACACUGAUGAAACGCAUAAUUGUGGGGUGUGUAUGAGUAGAUUACUAGAUCAUGAAAAAAUGCGUAUCUUUAUUCCCAAGUGUGAUCACGUAUUCCAUGCAGAUUGCAUUGAUAAUUGGCUCAAGAACCACAGAACUUGCCCCUUAUGCCGUGUCGAUUUUUUAGACGGACCUGACAACGCUCAACACCGACGACGACCGCCAGACGAGAUAGAAAUGCAAUCCCAAUCUCACGUCAUCGUUGAUAUUGUUGAUGAAUUACAAGAAGAACAAUUAGUUACGCCUGUGAUGACUAGUACUGGAGGCGGCUUUCUAUCAAGAAUUACAAGCCCAUUUCUACGGUCUCGCUUGACUACCCACGUAUCGAGGGAUCCGGAGAUUAACGCUCAGCGCUCCAUUUUGAAUCUGACCGACCAGGCCAGGGAGGACUUACAGCGCCGCCGCCGCCGUCAAUUGGAACGUCCGGCGAACUAAUAAGAUGGACCGACCGGUAUAUGAGUUUUUCUGUUAAUAUUAGAACAAUUUUUCUUUUCUUCUCUUUUCUUUUUACAUAUUAAUGUCUAUAUAGGCCAAUGUUAGGGCUUCAAAGGUUAUUAAUUCAGAUACGUAAUUUGAAUCUUGAUGGGCAUGCUUAUUAAUCUUUGUAGCUAAUAUUGAUUUCAUAUAAUAAUAUGAAGAUUUUUAGUAUCAA